CGGCCGCGGAGGGGGCGCGCAGCGGCUGGAGCAGAACGGAACGACCCCAAACGGCUCCGCUUUGAGCGAAACACCGCUGGGGCGCAGGAGGAUUGUACAUUCCCGUUGAACAGAGCCGCAUACCGGGUGCCGUUUAGCAGAACUGAACGAUUAGAUUGUGGUUGUUCGCUGUUAGGUGGUGGGUGGGUUCUCUCGCUCUCUCUCCCUCAUACACACACACAGAGAUUGCUAAGCUAAGCUAACGGAGCUCGGUCCGGUCCGGUAGAGGAGGAGGAAGAGGGGAGGAGGGUGACCGAGAACGGGAAGACUAUCAUCCCGAGCAGAACAGGCCGUCGUCCUGCCGUUCGUUCGUUGUGGGAUGUGAACGGUCCAAACGAACGGCGGGUCUUUCCACGGAUCUGUGUUAUUUUCCCACCCAGAACACUCGUAGGAUGGGACAACAGGUAGGCCGCGUGGGAGAAGGGGCUUCCUCUGGGAUCCAGACCCCACCGCAGGCGCAACAGCAGCAGGGCAGGUCGAACCGGGCCAGCAGCUCCGGGAGGAGACCCCGAGACGGCGGCAGCAGCAGCACCCUCACCGGGACUCCACCGGGCAGAAGUGCCGCCGCUGCAGUGAACAUCAUGCCGGACCCGGGGAUCAAUGUUUUCACCCUGCACUCAGAAGCCCUGCACAGGCCGUUUGGACUGGACUCGACGGCGCUGACGGAGGCGGUGCGCUGGAGCUCCAAGGAGAAUCUGCUGGGUGCUGCCGAAAGUGACCCCAACCUCUUCGUGGCACUUUACGACUUCGUUGCCAGUGGUGACAACACACUGAGCAUCACGAAAGGAGAGAAGCUACGAGUGUUGGGUUAUAAUCAGAAUGGAGAAUGGAGUGAAGUCCGCUCGAAGAAUGGCCAGGGCUGGGUACCCAGUAACUAUAUCACCCCCGUGAACAGUCUGGAGAAACACAGCUGGUAUCAUGGGCCCGUGUCCCGCAGCGCUGCCGAGUACCUGCUCAGCAGCCUGAUCAACGGCAGCUUCCUGGUGCGGGAGAGUGAGAGCAGCCCCGGCCAGCUCUCCAUCUCUCUUCGCUACGAGGGACGGGUCUAUCAUUACCGCAUCAACACAGCCUCUGAUGGAAAGGUCUAUGUGACAGCAGAGAGUCGUUUCAGCACGUUAGCCGAGCUGGUUCAUCAUCAUUCCACAGUGGCGGAUGGAUUGGUAACCACGCUACAUUAUCCUGCUCCCAAAUGCAACAAGCCCACCGUCUACGGCGUCUCUCCCAUCCACGACAAGUGGGAGAUGGAGCGUACCGACAUCACCAUGAAACACAAAUUGGGCGGAGGACAGUACGGAGAGGUGUAUGUUGGAGUUUGGAAAAAGUACAACCUCACUGUAGCUGUAAAAACUCUAAAGGAGGACACCAUGGAGGUUGAAGAGUUUCUUAAGGAGGCUGCAGUCAUGAAGGAGGUCAAACAUCCCAAUCUAGUACAGUUACUGGGUGUGUGUACAUUGGAGCCUCCCUUCUACAUAGUGACCGAGUACAUGCCCCAUGGGAACCUGCUGGAUUACCUGCGUGAGUGUGAAAGGGACCAGGUGAAUGCUGUGGUGCUGCUCUACAUGGCAACUCAGAUCUCCUCUGCCAUGGAGUAUCUGGAGAAGAAGAACUUCAUCCAUAGGGACCUGGCAGCUCGUAAUUGUCUGGUAGGAGAGAAUCACGUGGUGAAGGUGGCUGAUUUCGGACUGAGCCGUUUGAUGACGGGUGACACCUACACGGCUCAUGCGGGAGCCAAAUUCCCCAUCAAAUGGACCGCACCAGAGAGUCUGGCCUACAACACCUUCUCCAUCAAAUCAGAUGUGUGGGCAUUUGGAGUUUUGCUUUGGGAGAUUGCGACGUACGGGAUGUCUCCAUACCCAGGAAUUGACCUGUCUCAGGUGUAUGACCUGCUGGAGAAAGGCUACCGCAUGGAGCAGCCCGAAGGCUGUCCUCCUAAAGUCUACGAGCUCAUGAGAGCCUGCUGGCAGUGGAGUCCACUGGAUAGACCCUCAUUUGCUGAGAUUCAUCAGGCCUUUGAAACCAUGUUUCAUGACUCGAGCAUUUCAGAAGAGGUAGCUGAAGAGCUGUGUAAAACUGCAUCUGGUGGGCAGAGUGGAGUUGCCCACACUUUCGGCCCUGAUAUGCCACUCUUACCCUCAAAGUCUCGUGGGCAGAAGAAACACUCAGAGAACAAAGAGAAUAUGGAGGAGGCAGGACCCCACGGCCCUGCAGGUCUUGCAACAUCCCUUUUUGUUGGUGAUGGCCGCUCUAGCAGCUCUCCAGCCUUGCCUCGUAAACAGCGGGAUAAGUCUCCCUCUAGCCUUCUGGAGGACUGCCAGGACACCACCUUCACCCGUGACCGAAAGGCUGGCUUCUUCAGUUCAUUCAUGAAGAAGAAGUCCAUGUCCUCUUCUGCUACAUCCUCACCUCAACAGCAACAGAACCUCCCAAUGCCUCCCAAGAGGAGCAGCUCUUUCAGGGAGAUGGAGACGCAGCCCCAUAAAAAGUAUGAGCCCACGGCUGGGUUUUCAGGUCCUCCUCCUCCUCUGCCUCAGACUGAUGGAUUGAGUUUCUCUCCAUCUCACGGAGAGGGAAAUCAUGUGCAGUCCCGCUGUUGUGGGGCCACAUUUGGGCAAAAGCCUUCAAGUUCAAACUCUGGAGCAACCUCUGGUCAAGUGGGAAGCAGCAGUAGCUGGGGAAGCCUAGCGGGCUUCUUCACCCCUCGCCUUAUUAAAAAAACUCUAGGAUUGCGGACUGGUAAAUCUUCUGGGAUAGACGAAGUGAGCGGAACAAAGCCAUUCCCUCGCUCAAACUCAACAUCCUCUAUGUCUGCUGGGUUGCCAGAUUUAGAGCGCAUGGCAUUGACAUUACCAAGAAACCGUAGCAAACCUCCACUAGAGCGCACAUCUUCUACCACCUCACAACCAGAAAAUGGGGCAACACGACCUUCAGAUGCAAUCUUGAGAAAGCUUGAUGAAGGUACGGCUCAGAUACGGGAUCGCCCCAAAGCCAAACUCUUGCCACGAGGGGUCGCAGGUGGAGUUAGAGCACCAGGUGUAGGGGGAGAGGCAGAAUCGGACUCAAACACAAGGGGGAAAGAUGGGCAAGAUGACAGGCAAGGCUGGUCAUCUCCAUCCAAAACCUCCACCCUUGGUUCUGUCAAUCUGCAUAACCACAAAGUUCCAGUGCUGAUCUCCCCGACUUUAAAGCACAGCUCGGGUGAUGUACACCUAGUCGGCGUGGACUCUCAGGGCAACCGCUUCAAACUGCUGUCCGAUAGUGGGGAUCGUGACCGACCACGCCUGGUGAAGCCAAAAUGUGCACCUCCUCCACCGCCCAUGCUCCGCUCCCUCCAACACGCCUACAGUGCCGAUGCAGCUGACGAAGCUGUCAGUGGGAACAUGGAGGUCAAUGGAGAUACCAUCAAAAGAUCAGGAAGAGAAGCCAGGGGAGCACGUCCGUCAAUACCACCACCACAAGUGCCUCCAGCCCCUGUAGUCCCCUCUAGUAACAACACCACGCAAACCAAGUUGGCCAAUGGUGCUUCAAGUGGCGGACCUGGCCCUACUUCAGCUAAACCCACCCUUAGACGGACUCGACAGCAAACAGAAAGGAUCCCUCUUGAGAAGAUCAGCAAGGAGGCUCUUCUGGAAUGUGCUGAAUGCUUGAGUAGUGCUCUUCAAGGUAACACCGAGCUUUCAUCCAGCAGCCAGGUCCUAGAUGUGGGACACCAACUUUUGGACUACUGCUCGGGGUAUGUCGAUUGCAUCUCACAGACACGUAAUAAGUUUGCCUUUCGAGAGGCAGUAGGGAAACUAGAGUUGGGUCUUCAGGAGCUGCGCGCUUGCUCUACGGGUGGGGGAGUGGGACUUAGUGGACCUGGGACCAGCCCAGCUCUUGACAACUUGCACAUGUGCAUUAAAGAGAUCAGUGAUGUUGUGCAAAGGUAGCCACUGUGUUCACCUGUAGCUACACCUUCCAAAACUCCUCCUCCUGUACCCCUCGAGACUUUCUUUUUUUAACCUCCCAAAAUCAAUCUAGUUUUAUUUAAAUGUUGGGGGCAGAGAAUAUUCUCUAAGAAGUACCUCAGAAAAAUAGUACAAACACACUCGCUCUAUCUCUUUAUUGUUUACAGGUGACUUUCUCCUUGAAAUUGCCAGUUGGGAACAGAGUUUUUUUUUGUAUAUAAGCUUUUUGUCACAACCAAAAUACACAGUUUUGUUUUUGACAGUUUUGUUUUUAAUCAAUAUUUGCAGUUUUAUCUUGAUAUGAGAGGAUCCGUUUUUAUGAAAAGACUGGGGUUGCACAGGUUUGGGUGAGCCAACUGCACGAUAACUGGUCCACUUAAUGGUCCAUGAUUUCAAUUCAAUUUUUGGAUAUUCAGUGCACUAUUUAAACAAAAGUAACAGGACACUGCAUUAAAAUGUCAGUGAAAACAUACAAAUGCCCACAAUUAAGAAAUCAUGGCUUUAUUAUAAUAUUGCUAGUUUAAAAGAUACACUGUGGAAUGCAAACACAGCCAAUCCAAUGCACAUCUCAUUUUAGCCAUUACAUGUGCUUCUCUCUACAUCCCAUACUGUCAUUUUUAAUUUGACCACGUUUGUUGAACAAUCCAGCUUUUGAUAUCCAUUGAUAGUUUUAUAGAUCUUUUUGUAACUGGUCCUUAUUUCGUCCAUGUGUUGUUGUUGCUCAUAGUGGUUUGUGUGGCAUAGUUGAAAUGGUGUUGGGUCUGUCACCACAUGGAUCCUAUUUGGCCUUCUAUAUCCGUGGCCUUUCAAUAAUGCCCCCAUCAGCCAGAUGGCACAAAGCUACAUUCAGACUCUCGAGUUCUCAAAGCUCAAGAAUUCUCAACUUUUAUUGAUUUGCUAUGGGGGAAUUUAUGACGUGCGGAAAGGAAUUUAUAUUCGGACGCGAAUAGUGUAAUGGUGCCAACAGUAGCAGCAACACUACAUACACAAGUAUUGCCAAGUCUUUUAACACAAUUGCUUUAGCACAUUGAUUUGUAAAUUUAUUUUGAUUUCACUUUAGAAUGUCGCCAUUUGUAAACUUGAAUUUUAAAUUAUUUUCUAUUCAAAGCACAGGCAUUUUUAUGAUAUUGUAGAUAUUAUUUGAUACCCACGAACAGGCUGUGAAAGGUCAUGCUCACUUGUGUCCUUGUGGUGAGAUGUUGGUGUCAGGGUCUCCAUCUGUGCAUCUGCAUUAUGAAUGUAUUCAUUUGUUAAAAACAGGAAUGUUGUUUUGUGUGUGUGUGAGUGCGUGUGUAAGUGCGUGUUUGCAUUUAAUUUUUCUGUCUUUUCACAAAUAGAAACAUAGAGAUUUCUUCAGGACACAAAUGGUUACACAUUUUCUGACUCUUCAUGAAAGUAAUAGAUUUCUAUCAGAAUUUGCAUAAAUGAGAUUUUUGUGGGUAUCCUGCAAUGUCAAUGUUGAAAUGUAAAGAGGAAGAUUUGUACCGAUUACACUGGAGCACAUUUUUAAAGCAUAAAUGUUUAUUGCCUUGCCUUAAUUCACUAUCUAGGGUAUGAAAUAUGGAAUUAAUGAAAGAAGAAAUAUCCAUGACAUUUCAGUUCCACUGCAGCAGAAAAACAUGCAUCGUGUUUGUUCAGAAUAUUUUAUUGCCACUCUGAAUCAUUUGCCAACGCUAACUCUUUUGCCCUUUGUUUUUCUGCCAUGGGCAACGUUUUCUGAUAUUACAUGGUGCCUUUGUGAGAGAUUCAAUGUCUGUGCACUGCAGAGUCAUGUUAAAGGUCUGUUCAUGUAACUGUGUUUUGCUCUCAAAUGUUUGAUAUUGAUUUUAAGGUGGCAAAUGGGAAUUUUUCAAGCCUUUAUCGUCAUUCAGGCUCUCAGACAUCUGGGGAUUUGAGGUGUCCAGCUUGAAAAGGAAAAAGUGCAAUGAUCUGUCCUUUACUAAAGAAAAAACAGUGCUUGAAGUCUGGUCUCAUUUUACUGAACGAGCUCAUCAUUUGGUCAGGAAUACCUCUCUUGUAAUCACAUUGAGAAGUUCGGUCUUUGAAACACAUGCAGGUCAUCUAUUCCAUUUAUUAUUAUGUCUGAAAAUAUUUCGUUAGCAAGCUGAGGGGGAAGAGUGUGUGUCAGUUUUACAUGAUUGUCGGGGAGUAUUUUGCCUUUUUAAAUUCUUAAUUGUAGUAAAACAGCUAUUUUUUUUCCAUUCGUUGCCACCUAACAUCACAGUUUGUAUUUUAAUCUGGUCUUUUUAGCCAUAAUCAGAACGUUUUGUUUUAAAUGUUCUCCCCUAAAUGUCUCAAAUUAGCUAUGUUUCCAUUCAAAAAUGCUAAUUAAUUUUAUGCGCAAAACUGGCUUAUGGCAUGAAAGACAUGAGAAUAAAGCAGUGUUUCCAUCCAACGAGUCAAAGCUAACAAAAUCGUCACUUCCUGAUUAUCUGGCGCCAAAUAUCAACAGUAAAAACAUAAUUUGCAGUGGUAGGAGAAGCUUCGUGAAUCGUUUGAAGGCGUGAGAAGUUUGUCUUAUUCAGUUAUGCUCAUAUGUUUUUUUUUUAUGGCCAUUUUCAAAAUGUUUCUUGGCGUUUUUUAUGGUCAUAUGCAAAAGGCGCAUAGAAAUAGGUGGAUGGAAACGUAGCUAUUGACAUGAUUGUAUCAUUUAAAGAGGAACAAUUCUCCUGUAAGUUAUGCUUUAUGAGCCACACAAGGCCUCGGUACAAAGCAUAUUUUUUGUACUGUAUUUUAUUACAGUCAUAUUCAUCAAAAAUGAGUGCUUUUUCCAUUUUGUUUCACUUUCCCAAAUUCCUUUUUUGUCACUUUUAUUUAUUUAUUGUUCUGCUUUUUAUGUUGAAACCUGGAACUCACUUUUUUUGUAAGGUCAGAUUUUAAGUGCUGAAGAAAUUUUAUAUACCAAAGGCCACCUCUCCAAGUCCUUCAAGUGCAAUGAAAAUGAAACACUCUUAAUUUUGAAUAUGUGAAUUUAACAGGGAUUAAAAAGGCAGAGGUUGACAGAUUAACAGUAUUUUUUUCUGUUUUGUAAAAAGUAUAUUUUGUGUGAUUCUAAUUUAAAGCUCACUUUUAAUAGUAUAUUACUGUGAAGUCCUUCCUCAGUGUUACACUUGAUGUAAAUAAUGAAUAAAGAAACUGUUGAAACAA